AUGACUGCGACGUCGCUGAAGCUCCUCGGCGUCCAUAUUCCCGCAAGAGCCGAGGAGGGCGGUUCGGUUCGGCUGCACUGCACGUAUGAUCUGGAGGGCCAAGUCCCCUUGUCCACGUCAUGGUACAAGGACGACGUGCUCUUCUACAAAUUCCUCGAAUCCGGCGGUAGGGCCUACCCCUUGCAUGGAGCCGAUGUCAACUUGCAGCGAAGCAACAGGACAUCGGUGCUGCUAGAAAAUGUGAACCAGGCCGCAAAGGGGGAGUACAGCUGCGAAAUCGCCAGCGGUGCGCCACAUUUCCGCACAGUCAUGGGAAACGGAUCGAUCACCGCUAUCCAUAAAGCCCCUGGCAGGAACUCGGCUGAACUGCGACUCGUCAGCGUGGAUGCCCCGCCGUACGCAUUUCUGGGAGGCAGCGCGAAGUUGCGGUGCCACUUCGAGCUGGGCAAUGCCCCACUCUACUCCGUCAAGUGGUACAAAGGAAAUCACGAGGUCUUCCGCUACGUCCCCAACGAGAAGCCGCCCGAGAAGGUCUUUCCACUCAGAGGAGUUACGGUAAACGUAGCCGAAAGUGAUGUGUCAUCAGUGCUUCUGGAGCAACUGGCCUUGUCGAGCGGAGGUCCAUAUCGAUGCGAGGUCUCCGGCGGCGCUCCUUUCUUUCACCAUGUUUCCGGUGAACGGGACCUUAACGUCAUAGCUUUACCCGAGGAGGGCCCAAAAAUAAAAGGGGCUCAGACGCAUUACGACAUAGGCGACACCGUUGGCGUCAACUGCUUUGCUCCCGCGUCCAAGCCAGGGGUCAAUUUUAGGUGGUUCCUCAACGAUCUUCCUGCGGAGCCGCCGAAAUUCGACAUCACCAACUUGGCAACUCUGCACGACGAUGGGCUCGAGUCCUCCGCCAGCAGAAUCCGCUUCGUCAUCAGCGAGGACCAAUUCGCCAAAGGAACCGCGUCGAUCAGAUGCGUCGCCGAGAUUCCCGGCAUGUAUAUGAGGGCCUAUCAGACGAUCAUCUGGCGAAGAUCCGCCGGUGUCGGCACGACAGCCCCAAUUAAGGCUACUGAUGAUGACUGUCUCAAGAAGUUGAUCUCGGUAAUUAGAAAAGUAUGGACUACUUAUCAGUGA